CGAAUGAUGUUAUAAGUAUCCGAAUGGCCCUGGGCAGGAAAAAGGUUCCCCACCCCCGGAUUAGACUGUGAUGUGAGAUUGUUAAGGUUCUUUCCAGCUCAAACGUCCUUCCGUUCAGAACCUUCUACAAGAGUCCGGGGCCCAGGAAAAAGCAAGAGAGCCAGCUCCUGUGGCUGUCGGCCGCGGACAGCUGAGAGCUGCGCCCCGCUAUUCCGGGCUCAUGAGUUCAUCCCCAGCCGGUGCCAGCCCCUGUGGCUUCCCAUCCUCCCGCCUGGUCCCGGUGACAGAGUGACUAAAAAUACCCGGCUCCCAAGGCCCGCCGGCUGCCGCCUCCCUGGGCCCGGCUCUGUGCCAGGUUUAGGUGCCUGCCAGCAGCCCGGCUGGCUCCUGGGUGUGGUCAGGUGGGAACAGCCCAUUCCGGUUCUGCCACAUCCACUUUCCAGCACAUUCCAGCUCCGUGGCUUUCCAGCUGGUGAAUUCGCCCCGUCUGGAGCCUCAGAGCCUCAGUCUCCUCAUCUGGAAAAUGGGGACCAUUCUCCCAGUUUAUUGAGAAUUAAAGGAGACAGCCCGGCUGAAGAGCCCGACCCGACUGCGGGCUGGCUCGGUGCCUGUUCCUGCUUCCUCUGGACCCGUCCUCUCUGCUCGGUCCCUCCUGGUGAUUCAGACCCCGGAUCCCGUGCUGCCCGCUCCAAACCUGACCCAGUUGCGCACGGGCCGAGGAGAGGAAGGCUUUGCCUACCCCGCUUCCCGAGGCAGCCACAGGUGAACGGGGUGGUCACGGAGGGAGGAAGGAGUCCUGAGCAGGACAGCAAGUCACCCCACUGGGGUCAGAAAGAGGGCAGAGAAGGGACACUUGAGCAGGGCCUUGCGUGAUGAAUAGGAGUUCACCAGACAGAGAAGCAGCAAAGAGAGAGCAGAGAGAGCAGAGCCAGGGAAGGGGGAGGGGACGUCUGGAAGACAGGACAGUGGCUGCGCGUGGCUCCGGCUCAGGUGGGAGUAGCAGCAUCGAUGGGGCAGCCCCGCUGCGGCCUGAAACCCGCCUCACGAGGCCACGUGCCCACGGCGGCUCCCCCAGCGUCCGCUGCCAGGGCUGCCAGGCGGGAGAGGAGGCUGCCUCUGCUGCAUGCCCACCCCGCUUCCCCCCAAAUCAUGCUGCCCAGGCCCCCAAAGGCGAGGCCUCUAUCAUCCCCGUUAUUACAACUCGCCUGCGGGGCCCAUUGUUAAAGGGCCACUGAAGGGAUGAGCUGGAGGGGGUCUCAGGAGGGUCCGGGACCGCGGGCUUCGUCCACAAUGUGACCCUGGGCUUUGCCCAAUAAAGUGAAGCCAGGUCUGCCUUAAGCCCAAAGAACAAGCUUCCUGUCUGGCCGACUGUCCAGCUCCUUCCUGAAGAGGCUCAAACCAUCAGCACUUGGUCGUCGGCCAUCGUGUCCCCCUCCGGCCCCGGGCAGCCCCUGGUCAGUCCUCUGUGGGCUCUGCUCCUCCUGGCCCAGGAGUCACUGUCCGCGGCUGGGCUGUGCCCCCGGGGCCACAGGAGGUCUGUCGGGAUGGAAGACAGAAUCCGCUGGUGGACAUCCAGCGGCGGCUCCAGAAACCUGCCGCCUUAUCUCUGCGAGAGGCUGGUGCAUCUCAGACUCUCGGUCUCCCAGAGCUGUCAUCCUGAGGUUGUGAAACUGGGGCAUCGAUUCCGAGUUUUGAAAGCGAGGAAAAGUUCAGCCGGGGCCGGAGGGGUUGUUCCUGGAGCCGGGACGGUCUGAGACACCGUCCGCGUGUCCUGAGACGGAGGGAGACAGGCCGCUGUGGGUGGAUUUCUCAAUCGUGCAAGAAGGUCGGGAACUGGGGGGCGGGCCGGACAGAAGAAGGGGAAUCCGAUACGGAGACCCGGGUCGCAGUCCACUGGCGGCGGGGGGCCAAUAGUUUACUUGCCGGUUUGGCCCGGGUCCUGGGCUGUAAGGUGGGAGGGUGGGCUGGGUGCCCCCAGGGGCUCAGGUUUAGAGACUCUCACUGUCUCGGCCUCCCUUUGCCCACCUGGCAGGCGGCGGGACUGAGCCAGACGAUUCAGGGAGCAGUGGGGUCCGAAGAUGCCUGUGACCCUUUCUGAUUGUCAUUGGACGAUUCGCAAGGGGCGUCGCCGGGCACUGGCCUCCAGUACCCGUUCUUCCCGGGAAUUUGGGAGGAGCAUUUCCUCCACUAACCGCACUCGGUGCGGGUCUUCCCAGCGCCGGGAAUAGAGGAGGAUUGAAGGACACUUCAUUUUCUCCCCGCGAGGCCGUCACAGUGCCACCACAUCCCGACUGAUGGUGGGCGAGGACAUGGAGGUGUGGACAGGAGUGGGUCACGCUCUCCCGCCUUCGCCUGAAAAAGAAGGGAACCUUUGGGGUUCCUUGGGGCCACGAGUCUGCGGGUGUGAGCUGUCCCCUCUGCCCCCAGCAAGCCUUCCUGGGCACGCUGCGGCCGUCCUUACGCGCCAGGGACAGCGUUUAUCUCGGGGACCCUGGCCCCCAGGAAUAAGGCUUUCUUGUUUCGUUCCAGCUCAGCACUGGCCGACCACCCCCACCUCCCAAACCGGUUGGGUUCAGGCGGGCCGGGGCCUGCUCCUGGGCCCCUUUCAACAAGCCUGGGAAUCAGCCUCAGCCAACGGGCCCCUCCUGUUGCGCCCAGGACUGCUUCCACCGUGGGCAGGUUGCUCCACCCCGUGCCUUUCUCGACCCCCUGCCCAUCGGAUGCCCGGCUUAGUGCCCUGGCUUCCAAGAUCUGCUGCUGUUCUGCCCGCACUGGCAACUGGUCCCAAGCCUUCCUGUGAGUGGAUGCAGCCUUCUGAGCCCCGCCGGCCGGGGGAUAGCAAAUUUCUUAAUGGGCUCUGGCAGCGCCCAUGCAGCCUGCGUGUUCCACUUGCUCCUUGGAUCAUAGGCGUGGCCUCAGAGCCGAAGGAGAAAGCCCUGGCGCUUGUUACAUGUGCAGGUGUGGCCUUUCUGCUCCCCCAAAUCUCAGUCAGAUGUUGCAGGAACAUCGCCCAGCUCAGUAAGGUGUUUGCAUGCAGACAAUGGCGGCUAAUAGAAAUCCCAUUUGAUACCGGCAAGGAGGUCUCCAUAGGCGACAUCAACUUUGCACAGGGGCGUGGAGCGCAUCUUCCACUCCUUUUAGGGAGCCUGGUUUAUGUCCCCCCCUCCCCCAGACCACUUUCUGGGGGCUCCCAGACAUCGGAAGUGCGGGCUGUCAUGUAGCUCAGCUUUUGUACAAUCUCCUUGUUUUCCCAGCCUCCCAGCCCCGAGAGAAUCGCGGUGACGGGCAACCUAAACCCUAAUAGCGCUCCGAGGUCAUCAGGGCGCAACGCGUUUGCCCUGGGCAGACACAGCUCCGCGGCUGGGAGGGCUCCCUCUGGCUCGCCCGGCUCCCCGGCCUGGGAUUAAAGCUGUUCUUUUCCAUUUAGAGUCCUGGGAAUUGGGUUAUUACUGCCAAAGACGAAGGACUGGGUUUCUAGAAUGAUCACGGAGGAAAAGAAUGCACCAGACAGAAGCCCUGGGUGUUUCUAGAAAGGUGGGCAGGGGGUACCUGGGCGGUGUGAUUCCGACAGAGACGUUGCUGCCAGCGACUGGGGAACACCCUGGGGGGUGGAGAACGCCCGACACCCCCACCAGGCUUCGGUGAUGGGGCGGCAGAGGAACCCCUCAACCUCCAGGACCUCCCUGCGCCCUUGGGGAGCAGAGCCCGUAGCCCUCAGGUCUCCCUGACAGCCGCCCACUGAGGAUGUCUGGUCUCAAACUCCCAGAAUCCAUUCAGUUCAAUUCAAAUAACACUGUGAGGGCCUCCUGGCGCCAGAGGGCAGUGGGGGCAGGGAGAGGAUGCACUGGGUCCUGUGGUCACUGACCCGCUCGCCAGCCCUUGACGAGUCCCUGCUACGUACCAGCUGUCCGGCUGGUGUGAGGGAUACAGAGAGGAAUGGGAGGGGGCCUCCUACUGGCGGACAGACAGGGCUCCCAGCAGAAUCACCCCCAGAGGGUGAGUGAGAGGAGAGCUGUGUGGCA